AUGGAUACCAAACUAGCAUGGGUCGCUCAGUCAGUGGAUACGUUGUAUUCUUUGAUUGAUAGAGACCCCUUUAUCCUAAAAAACAUCGACGCUUUUCCUUUGGUACACUCUCCGCUACAUGAGGCAUCAGCUACUGGCAAAUUAGCCAUGGCUCUAGAGCUAACCGUGUUAAUGCCCUCUUUUGCAAGUAAACUAAAUACACGAGGGUAUAGCCCCUUACAUCUUGCCGUGGAAAACGGUCAAGUGGAGAUAGCAAUAGAGCUUGUGAAGAUGGAUCCCGCUCUUGUUCGCCUCCGCGGCAGAGGAGGCCCAACACCACUGCAUCAUGUAGUGGAGAAAGGUGAUGUUGAUCUCCUCACGGAGUUUCUCAUGGCUUCUCCCAUGAGCAUCGUGGACGUGAACGUAAGAGGUGAGACGGCUCUACACGUCGCGGUCUGGCACGGUAGAUAUGAAGAGCUCAAAGUACUGACCGGAUGGAUCCAAAGAAUGACCCACCGUGACGCUACGUCAUUGGAGACUGAGGCAGUCAAACUUCUGUUGAAAUGCCUCUUGCUUGACCGUAACAUCCAGAAUAAAGAUGGUUUUACACCCCUGGAUAUCGUCAAAGCAAAGGGUAAUCAUAUGAACUUCGAUACUGAAAAAAUCAUAAGAAGAUCGGGAGGGAAGAGCAAGGAUGCUCUAUCUAAAGUCAAGACCUCCUCUCAAUAUUUAAGAUCACCGAUUACGUUCAGAGAAUACUGCUCCAUUACAACGGUGCGUUACAGGAGCGCCAUAUCCGACGGCACCAGAAACGCGCUCCUUGUUAUAAGCACACUUGUCAUGUCGACCACUUAUGAAGCGAAGUCGCCAAGUGACUCAAAAAGUCGCGUUAAAUCAGAUAGUCGCGUUGAACCACAUAGGCUCCUAUUAUUGAUGCUCCAUUCGGGAUUCAAUACGUUGGCGUUUUGGCUGUCUCUUACCCUGACCCUCGUUCUUCUACCCCUUGGUCGCGAAUACAUCUGGUAUUACAUAUUGAUCUCAGUUCCCCUCUUCUGUUCUUACGGCAUUUCGAUGUUUCUCAACGCUGUCGCUGUGGGUACUCAGAUGGUAAUCCCAUCGCUGUUGAUAAUGGCGGUCCUUUUUGGCUUUCCUUGCUAUAUACUCUUUGUAUUCUUCCAGUGGAAGCGGUCUAUCCAGCUCAAGUCACCAAAACCCAAAAGUCAGACCAUUUUGGAGGCUUGGACGGCAUCGGUCUAA